AUGGCGGACCAAAACCUCAAACCAUUUUUUGAUAAGGUUGACGACCUAGCGCAAAGCUUUAUCGAUGAUAGGCUCACACCCGCGGUCAAAAUCCCUUCCGUAUCGUCGGCUCCGAAGCCGGAAGACCGCCAGAAAGUCUUUGAUAUGACAGACUUUCUGCAAAGACAACUGGAAGGACUCGGGGCAGCAGUGACAACACACGAUUUGGGCGACCAGCCAAAGACCAACGAAUCCGAUCCGACUCUUCAUUUACCCGACGUGAUCACAGCUCAAUACCCAAAAAACCGGGACCCCAACAAGAAAGCAAUCCUGAUAUACGGACAUUAUGACGUCCAGCCAGGUGGUGAUGGAUGGACUCAUGAGCCCUUCGACGUCAAAGAGGAAAAUGGAAAGCUAUACGGUCGAGGCACCACAGAUGACAAGGGACCUGUCCUCGCUUGGCUGAAUGCACUGCAGGCGCACAAGGAAGCGGAUGUUGACGUUCCGGUUAACAUUCUUUUCUGUCUUGAAGGAAUGGAGGAGUCCGGCUCGAUCGGGUUCUCGGACUUUGUCUCGAAAAAUAAAGAUUUGUUUGCUAAUGUGGACGCAGCUUGCAUUUCGGAUAACUAUUGGCUUACCACUAGAAAGCCCUGCUUGACAUACGGGCUUCGAGGUAUCAACUAUUUUACUAUGACCAUCACGAACAACGGUCCUGCAUUGCACAGCGGGAUGUUUGGUGGCGUGGUCCAUGAGCCACUGACCGAUCUGUCUAUCCUUCUGUCAAAGCUAGUUGACUCGAAGGGGAAGGUUCUCAUUCGUGACAUCGACGCCAACGUUGCUCCACUUACAGAUCAGGAGGAAGCAGACCUCAAAGGAAUUGAUUUCACCAUGGAUGAUUUCAAGAAAUCAAUCAAAUGUGACGCAGCCAUUUACAAUGACAAAGUUGAUACGCUCAAGCAUCGAUGGAGGUUCCCCUCGCUCAGCAUUCACGGCAUCAUAGGCGGAGACUCGACCCCUAAUCAAACGACAAGCAUUGCCCCCACAGUUUCUGCCAAAUUCUCCAUUCGCACUGUGCCAAAUAUGACUGGUGACGAAGUAAACUCGAAGGUGACGCUGUAUUUGCAGCAAGAAUUUGCAAAGCUGAAGAGCAGAAAUAACUUAUCCAUACAAGCGAUGGAUGAACCACCGGCAUUCUGGCUGGCGAAGCCCGACGAUGCCAAUUUCACUGCUGCUCGUAAAGCUACAGAGAAGGUUUAUAAUAAAACGCCAGAUAAUACGAGAGAAGGGGGAAGUAUCGGUGUAACACUUGACUUUCAACAGGUAUUGGGUGAAAAAAGUCUUAUGCUACUUCCUGUGGGAACAUCUGAUGAUGGUGCGCAUGGACCAGAUGAAAAUAUACCCAGAGAAAAUUACAUUAACGGAACGAAGCUACUGGGUACUUACUGGCAUUACAUUGCCGAAAGCAGCUUUUAG